AUGGAACAAAUAAAUUCUAUGGGUACCAAUAGGGUCCAUCAGGUUGAAAUAUUUAAAAAGUUUGCUCAAGUUAUAUCUGAAGAGGAAAAAAAUUUAGCCCCAUAUGAUAAAAGAUUAAUAGGAAUUACUUCAUCUACAACUGCUAAUAAUGAAUUAAAAGCUGAGAAAGUUGGCGAUCUAAUUUUAAGAUAUGACGAUUUUCUGAAUUUAAUUACUGGUUCACAAACGCUAUAUUCAAGAAUUACCGACCAUUCAUUCAAUUUGAAUUUUGUUCCAAGGGAUGUAUUUGGCUGCAUUUUUUUUGCAAUUGAUGAAGGUAAUAAAGGUUACUUGACUAUUAACGACUGGUUCUAUUUCAAUAAUUUGUUAGAAUUCAGUAAUUAUCAAUUCAUAUUACUUUAUGAGUUUUUUAAGAAGUUUGAUAAUGCCAAGCUGUCAAAUAUUUCAAAUGAAAAAGUUAAGUCAACAACCUAUGGAAAUAAGUCUUUAAGUUUUGACGACCUUCUAUUGGAUCUAGAUCAAUUUAAAUCAACAGUCAAAUUACUACAGCAAUCGGUAAGCCAAAAGGAAGGAAGUGAUAGUUUCAUCAAAAGAAAUAAUUUAUAUUUAGACUGGGAUAAAUUCGAAUUUUUAAAAUAUUAUGAAUUUAUAACUUUUUCAAAUCAAAUCAAUAGCAUAUCAAAUAAAAAUACUGAUAGUUCACUAAAGUCGUACUUGUCUUUAAAUUCAUUGAUUACAAUAAUGCAAUCAGAUUUAAAUUAUGAAAAAUUAUUAAUUGGUUUCGAUAAGUUGUCAAAUAAAGAUCCAAAACUCUGUAAUACAUGGACUAUUAAUAAAAACCAAAUGUCAUAUUUAUUGAAAUUAUAUUACUCUCACAGAAUUUCACAGGAUGUUUUCGAUUCGUUUAGUCUCUCAAAUACUACGUUGAUCAAAUCGGAUAAUAAUUCAAUUACUUACAAUGUCGUUAAAGAUAUAUUUCACUUAUUCCGAAAUUUCGACUUAUUGAAUCAAGCAUUGAUUAGGUAUGUUACUAUCAACGAUUUAUCUCUUUCUGAUUUACGUGAGUAUGUCAUUACGAAACAGGACUUUAUUGACUUACUUAAUGAUGAGUAUAAUAAAGUUAAUAAUAUUGGAACCUUCUCACCAUCUCAAAUUAAUUUGCUUUUCUCAAUUGUUGGGAAUGCAAAAAUAAAAGGAAAAAAAAAAUUACCAGAACAAUUUGCUCAUCAUCAUACAGACUCCUUGAUUGAAGAUUUUAUUCAAAACGAAUACACACACGGCAAUAAUAUUCCAAAAAUACAACUAGAAAUGUUUAAUGAUUAUUAUCAAGAUAUGGCAGGUCCUUUCGUUAAUGACCCAGAUGUUCAGCGAAAUAAGAAAAAAAGUAUUGAACAUUCAAGUUUUUUUAAUAAUUUGGUAUCGUUUCACUCUGCAAAAAAUAAUCAAGAUAAGAAUACUAGAUAUUCCAACCUAACGAUCGAAGACUUCAUGAAAAUAAUAAAUCCAAAUUAUCUAAAUGAUUUAGUCCAUAAAAUGGAACUUCGCAGAAUUCAAGAGAAUUCGUUAUAUAUCAAUUAUUAUUUUUAUCCAAUUUUUGAUUCCAUCUAUAACUUUGCUUUAGGAUCAAUUGCUGGAUGCAUUGGUGCAACGAUAGUUUAUCCGAUCGAUUUGAUUAAAACAAGAAUGCAAGCCCAAAGAUCCGUUACCCAAUAUAAAAACUAUAUUGAUUGUUUUGCCAAAAUUUUAUCUCGCGAAGGUUUGAAAGGCUUGUAUUCAGGAAUCGGACCACAGCUAAUAGGUGUAGCCCCAGAAAAGGCAAUUAAAUUAACUGUAAAUGAUUAUAUGAGAAAAAAUUUAAGAGAUAAUAGAAGUGGGAAACUAACAUUACCUAAUGAAAUUAUUUCAGGUGCUUCUGCUGGUGCCUGUCAAGUUGUUUUCACAAAUCCAUUAGAAAUAGUGAAAAUUAGACUACAAGUUAAAUCUGAAUAUGCAGCUGAAAAUAUUGCCAAAGUACAACAGACUGCAUUUUCGAUUGUAAAGUCACUGGGAAUAACUGGUUUAUAUAAAGGUGCAGUAGCCUGCUUAUUAAGAGAUGUUCCAUUUUCAGCAAUCUAUUUUCCAACUUAUGCUCAUUUGAAGAGAGAUUUAUUUAAUUUUGAUCCAAGUGACAAAACUAAAAGAAAGUCAUUAAAAACUUGGGAGCUUCUGAUGGCUGGUGGUUUAGCAGGUAUGCCUGCUGCUUUUUUAACAACUCCUUUCGAUGUCAUCAAAACCAGACUUCAAAUAGAUCCAAGGAAAGGGGAAACAAAGUAUACAGGUAUUGUGCAUGCUGCCCAGACGAUUUUAAAAGAGGAAAACUUUAGAAGUUUUUUUAAAGGUAGUGGUGCUCGUGUAUUAAGAAGUUCUCCACAGUUUGGGUUUACUUUAGCUGCUUACGAAUUAUUCAAGGGUUUGUUCCCCCUAUCUCAUGAAGAUUCAAACAAAAAGGAUCAAAAUGGCACAAAAUCUGAAGAUGAAAUUCCAUCCAUAACAUCAUCAUUUACUUCAUUUUAUAAGAGUCAAAGUUCGCCACUGAAUAAAAUGAGUUCCACAUAUUCUCUACAAAACGAUUUCUUUGCACCAACGGUCGAUCCCUACAGUAGUAACUAUUUAAAUUACUAUUACAAAAGCUGCGAAGCUGCAAAAGUGUUUAUCGAUCUUGAUAGCAAUUUUGCUCAAUUCGAUUUUUCUAUUUAUUCAAAAUUUUACGAUGCUCUGGAUAAUUUAAGCAAUAAAAAAAAUUGA